GUAGAAGAAAGGCUUCUACAGCAAGAAUAUACGUCACCAAAGGUGCUGGCAAAAUUACCAUCAAUGGUAAGGACAUGAAGGAUUAUUUUCCGAUGCCAAGUACUCAGGCGACUAUUCUAGAUCCACUCAAAGUAGCAGAAUCUGAAGGUCAAUACGACAUCAAAAUCACAGUAGCUGGUGGUGGAUUCAAGGGUCAAUCUGAAGCUAUCAGAAUGGCAAUAUCAAGAUCUUUGGUCAAAAUAAAUGAGGACUUCAAGAAGCCAUUAAAGGAUAAGAAAUUCCUUACCAGAGAUGCCAGAGAGGUAGAAAGAAAGAAAUUUGGUAAACCAAAAGCAAGAAAGAGCUUCCAGUUCUCCAAACAAGCCGGAGUGCAUUACGGACACCUUAAGAGAAAAUGGAAUCCAAAAAUGCUUCCUUACAUUUUCAUGGAAAGAAAAGGUAUUCACAUCAUAGACCUGAACAGAACAGCUGAA